AAAGCCAAGAGGCAACUUCUGUCAACAUGGUUAGAAUAAACCAAAUUACCUGAGACGGCAGAAGUGCGCGUUCGCUAUCAGUGAGAUAAUAAACGACACUCAUCGUGUAUGUAUUAACUAUUCUGAGGAGUUUAAUCUAACUGCUAGUUAAAGAGACGCGCUUACGUUAACUGCUAGCUAGCUAACGUGCCUGCUGGUGUCCAGCUGCCUGUUUGGCUGCUGGGUGAGUUCAACUUGCAUUUCCCCUAAAUGUUGACUCGGUGUGCCACCGAAGUUGAUUAUUUCUUCCCCGUAGCUUAACACAAGCUGUUAAAAUGGCGAGUGUGCAUGAAAGUUUGUAUUUCAACCCUAUGAUGACGAACGGAGUCGUCCAUGCUAACGUGUUUGGGAUAAAAGACUGGGUGACUCCGUAUAAGAUCUCCGUCCUGGCGCUGCUGUAUGACAUGACGACGUCCAAAAUCACGUUGCCAGUGAGGAGACGACUAAACAAGCUCAUCCUCCCCUUGCAGCAGGGUCCAGACCUGAGUCUUGGCCAGUUCCUGAAGACUGUGGAGGAAUGUUGCCCUCCGACUGCAUAUGCUGUCAAACUCAGGCUGCAUGAAAUGGCAAACGGAGAGCUCAAAGACAUGGAGUACUUCUUUUCCACUCUUCCUACUCCAUUCACUGCAUUUGAUUCUGAGGCUUAUAAAUCCAGUGUUGUCGGGCUUUUUAUGAGACACAUGCUUCUGGCCUACAACAAGCUGUCUUUCAGUCAGGUCUACAAGUUGUACAAGUCCCUGCAGCACUACUACCACAGUCACUACGCCAAGCCGGCCGAUGGGCAGCUGGGUUUGGCAGCGCUGGUCGCUGACGACUCCGACAUGGACCUCACCAGCACUGAGGACACUGUAGGGGACAGAAUAGAAAGAGACGAGUUGGACACCCCCCUGCAUGAGUCAGAGCUUCGAAAUGACAAUACUCCAAGCAGAGGGCCCCUUUCACAAAAACAAGCAGAGUACUUUCUUACAAGACAGGCAUAUCUUCUGAAGAACGAUGAGAACAAAGCUCUGAAGCCUGCUGCACUGCAGGAAGAGCUCAACAACAUGCUGAAAUUUAACCCCGAUUUUGCUGAGGCGCAUUAUCUGAACUACUUGAACAACAUGAGAGUCCAGGACAUCUUCCUCUCAGCCCAUAGUCUCUUACAUUAUUUUGAUCGUCUCAUCUUGUCUGGAAAUGAGGGAAAGAGCAACGGGGAUGAGGGCUACGGCCGAAGUCUCCGCUACGCUGCUCUCAACCUGGCAAGCCUGCACUGUCGCUUCGGACAUUAUCAGCAGGCUGAUCUGGCUCUAAAGGAGGCUAUCCGCAUCGCCCAGGAGUCCAAUGACCAUGUGUGCUUGCAGCACUGUCUGAGUUGGCUCUACACGUUGGAACAGAUGAAGGGAUCUGACAGCACGGUGUUAACUGAGGAUUCAGUGAAAAUGGCUGCCCAUUUCUGCCUGCCAUACUUGGCAUCUCUGGGCAUUCAGUCGUUGGUCCAGCAGGGGGCAACGCAGGGUAAGACAGCCCACAAACUGAUGGACGCACUGAAGGACACGGACAUCCUGCACUGGAAGUCUGGAAGUCUGUCGGAACUGAUUGAGAUCAGCCUGGCUCAGACGACGUCCAUAUGGAGGAUGUACGGCAAGAGCACCAUGGCGAUGCAGCAAGCCCAGCUGCUUCUCAACAUGAGCAGUCUGGAGCCGGUCAACUAUGGGGUCCAGCAGAACAACACCGAGGCGUUCGCUGUGGCUCUGUGCCACCUGGCCGAGCUGCACGCUGAGCAGGGCCUGUACUGUGCCGUGUCAGAGAUUCUCCAGCAUCUGAAAGAACAGUUUCCUCCUCACUCGCAGCAUGCCAAGCUCUGGAUGCUGUGUGAUCUCAAAAUCCAGUUUGAAAGACACAUGAACGAAGGGAAAUACCAUUUGGCAGAGCCACUAGUGACAGCGAUCGCUGCCUUAAACAAAACAGAAGGUCUCUACAGGAAAGCUCAAGUUCUGAAGGCUCUCAACCGGAGCACCGAGGCGUACGGCAUCUUACAGCGGCUGCAGGUGCACUGUGAGAAGAUGAAAUCCACGGAGGUGGUCAUCAGAGUUAUGCUUUUGACCGCUGAGCUCCACUGGGAGUCGUCUGGCUUCUCCACCGCUCUUCCUCUCCUCCUGCAGGCCUUGGCUCUGGCUAAACGGCACCACCUCCAGUCCAUGGCCUCCGAGACCAUCCUCCACCUGGCCUUCACUCAGCUGAUGUUGGGGGUUCCUGAGCAUGCUCUGAGUGUUCUGCAUGAAGCCAUUGAGCCGGUUCUGGCCCACGGGUCAGUCAUGGACAAGGGCCGAGCCUCGCUGCUAAUGGCCCGCUGUCAGAUGGCAGUGGCUGGAUUCAGGCCAAACGGACAAGGGCAAGCAGAUUCGCAUUUGGCCGUUUUGGCUGUGGACACGCUAAAUGAGGCGGCAGCCUAUUUCUCCAAGCUGAGCUGCAAGGAGCGUCUGCGAGACGUCCACUACCUGCAGGCUCAGCUCCACCGCUCUCUGGGGCAAACCUCGCAGUGCAACAAGAGCGCCAUGCUCUUCCGGCUGCUGGACCAGGAGCUGCAGUCACCGGCACCACUGGUCUCCAUGCGGCUGUAACCACUUCCUGUCCAACAACGGACUCCAGUCACCGUGGUGGGGCCUCUGAAAAGGAAAUAUUGACUGCCGAGUUGAGUCUCUGCGGCUCGCCACUAGAUGGUGACGAAGACCCGUCAGCGCGGAGAUAUUCCAUUUGUAAAUAUUUAAGCAAUGUGAAUCUCUAUGCGCACAAUGUCGGGCAAAUAUUUAGAGAGGACCAUUUCAGCCGUCAUAAACAAGGCUGAGUAACGAGUAGACCAGGAAUGGAUCAGUUGUCUUUUCACUUGUGAUCGGGUACAGAUUGAAAUGAUCGCCCGAUGAUGAAUGCAACAUGUUUUUCAAUACUUCAACCACAGCAACAGUCCAGGCUUGGCAGACAUGACGUGCCUUCCGGCAGUGCAACAGUUGACGACAAGAGGAGUGUGUCAGCGGCCUGGCUGAUUCACAUUUCGCGAGAAGAAUACAGGUGAAGCUUCUGGAGAAGGAAAUCGUGCUCACGUUUCCAACGUAAAAGCCCUCGUGAUGACAUAACGCCAGACACUGUACCUGAAUUCCACUUGCGUCUGGCACGGGGUGUGAGAGUCCUUCUCGGCUGAUGGCGUUACGUGUUGGCGUCUUGGCGGGCCUGUAAUCGUUACUCACUGCACUUCUUUCAAGAACAUAAACGACUUGUCGACAUGUCGUUUUUGAUCAAUCCCACACGCGUAUAGGAACAAGCGCGUGGGGGAUGUACGGUAUCCGCAGUGGGAACGUCUCCACGGUAAAGUUCAGCAAUCAGUUCAGUAGUAAUUAAAGUUGAUCGUAUCUUCUUGCACAACCAUUUCUACGGUCGUAACGUGUCCGACUGGAGCCCGAAAAGAAAAUCUCUGUUUACCAUCUCCAGGCAUCCUGGAAGUUUCUGUUGACUUAGUCAAAGCGCGAUGCUCGGACUUGUGUCAGUUACAGCGUAAACAAACGACAGGCCUGUUUAUCGAUGUAAAUGACCCACCGACUUAUGUCACGCAUCCGGCUCACGCCAGGGGAGUCUGCUCACCGUUGCUUGUUGUGCUUCUGGCGUCGGGCCAGAUAAUGCCUGUUUUUACAUGUUUAUCUUGAUUAAAACUAACAUUGUGUGGGUUAGAUCACAAGGACA